AUGAAUCCGCAUAACAUCGUUUCUGCUUUGAGUGAUUUAAUUGCAAAUAAUUUAACCGUUACACAACAGUCUCCGAUUAUAUCACAGGAGCGACAAAUGGCCGAAUAUCUAGCUGACACUGUUAAAUUAAUGACCAGUGGACAAAAAGUUGAUUACGUUGAAGAAACAACUUUAGAUUUCGGCCGUUAUACCGACGAUGAAGAAAGUGAAGAGGAGGAAGAAUCCAUGCUGGAUGAGAAAGAAAGUGAAGAAAUGGACGAAGAUUGGAAGGACAAAGAAUUAGCUUCAGAAAAAUAUAAUUUAAGAAGCUUUUCAGAAGAGUUUAUGCGUCAAGUUAUCGAUUUUGUUGAUCGUGCAGGUCCGGGAAGUAAACAUGGGAGAUCUUGGAAAGCCAUUCAUCACCGAUUUCAAACAAUCCCAGACAGAAGUUAUAUUCCACGUUUUCGAAAAUAUUUGGAACAUCAUGGAACAAAGCGACAGAAGAUUCAAGAUCUGGACAGUUUAGUUUACAAAAAGUUAGUUGAUGCAAGACAAAAGAAUCUCGUUGUUCAUGGUUUGGAUAUCCAGCGAUGGGGUUUAAAGAUAGCUAAAGAAAUAAAGCUCGACGAUUUUCAUGCUUCUCAUGGUUGGCUGGAGAAUUUCAAAAGUCAUCAUAGAUUAACUUCUCUGAAAAUUACAAACUUUGUUUCACACCAUCAAGUCGAAAAUCGGGAAGUUAUAGAAAAAUCAAAACAAAAUUUUAUUCUGGAGUUUAAUAAAGUGUCAUCUCACUUUAAACCAUCUGACAUUUUUAAUACAGACCAAACAGGUGUCGAAAAAGAAUUACACUCCAAUCGUACUAUAUCUUUCGUUGGUGAAAAGAGGACUUUUGCAGUUGUUCAGUCGAAAAAUGCUACUACACACUCUUACACUCUACAGCCAACUAUCUCAUUAGACGGACGGCUCUUAGAAACGAUUUAUUUAUGUUUGCAGGAGCAGGGAGGUGAGUUAAACGUUAGUCGAACCGUUUAA